UUCAGGUUCGCUGCAGAGCAAUAUGCUCAGAAUAGCUUGCAUAGCAAAGAUGAUCAUACAUCUCGCAAUGCUGGCAUCAUUAACGGCUAUAGCAGAUGGAGAAGUUGAGCACUUAACAGGUCAAGCUUUGGUAGACUUUGUAAACAAGCAUCAAGACUUCUUCCAUGCAAGAUACUGGCCAGGUGCUGAAGAGUUUGUUGCUUCUCGCACAAUGAAUGUGAAAUACCUCAAGGAUCCUCGGGAUAAACUGCGGAAGCGUGUAAGAAUUGACAGCAAUGACCCUAUUCCAGAAAAGUUUGACGCCCGAGAGAAUUGGCCUGGUUGCAGCUCAAUAAUUGGACGCAUUCGGGAUCAAUCUAAAUGCAAAUCAGGUUGGGCUGUAGCUACAGCGGGAGUUAUAUCAGAUCGUUUGUGCAUUGAAUCACAGGCAAGGCGUACUGUGCACAUUUCGGACACUGAUUUACUUGCUUGCUGUGGAUCUUGCGGAAAUGGGUGUGAUGGAGGUUAUGUGGCUAAGGCUUGGAACUACUUCAAGGAGUCUGGUCUAGUGACUGGAGGCAGUUAUCGCGAGAGGAAUUGUUGCAAGCCGUAUGCAUUAUACCCAUGCGGAAGACACGCGAAUCAAACCUACUACGGUUAUUGUACAAAACAUGAAACACCAGUAUGCCGUAAAACCUGUCAACUCACUUACGAAAAGGAGUACGAAGAGGACAAAUUCUAUGGAAGCACUUGGUACUCUGUCGUGGCGAACGAAAAUGAUAUCCAGAGAGAAAUAAUGACGAACGGACCAGUAGUGGCAAGUAUGAACGUUUGGAGCGAUUUUAGCUCGUAUUGGAGGGGAAUUUACAAGCACACUUGGGGUACUGAAGACGAAAAAGGGCAUGUUGUUAAAAUUAUUGGAUGGGGUGAAGAAAGAGGAGGUAAGAAGUACUGGUUGGCUAUUAACUCAUGGAACACCGACUGGGGCGAAAACGGGUCUUUCCGCAUAGUCCGUGGCACAAAUGAGUGCGAAAUUGAAGCAAAUAUCAUAGGCGGACACAUUGAUCUUGAGAGAAUCAAGAGCCACAAAAUCUAUAGAUAAAUCUUUGUAGACAGUAAGAGAGCAUCAAUUACGACUAGUACAUAAAAUCAUGAAGUGCUCACUUUCUACAAGUCUAGUUAAUGCAAUACUAUCCUACUUUCCUUCCCUCCCUUACCUAUCUGCGUCAUUUUCAGUGCAGACUACGCAAAACUUCUAGUGCUUAUUAAAAUAUUAGGUUCUUUAAAAAUCAGCUUCCGCUACCGCAGCAAACAGGCAAUAUUUUGAUUAAUCGAGAAAAAAGCUCAAGGUGGUACCUUAUAACAAGCAGUCAAAACAUCUGUAGCAUCUUAGAAAUCUGAUUAGCUUACUGUGAACUUUAAGAUUCUGGUCUGUCAGAAUAUUGAGUACGUUGAUCGUAUUAAUCGUACACGUUUUUUAACCGUUUACCGCCCACCCAAUUCUACUAAGAAUGAUGACGGUCUUUUGCAUAUAAUCAGUAUUUUUGCUCUCGUUAGUGAGAAUGUUGAAUCUGUCAUACUUGGAGAUAUCAACUUACAGAUUGACUGAGUGAAUUCAAAAGCUUUGAAUAGCGCAUCUGCAUCAUUUUUGACUUGUUAUAUUAGAAAUAAACUCGUACAUAUUACAUCUACCUUAAUGAAAGACAUACUUUUAACCUAGUGCUUUUCAAUACGAGCCUGUUUCCAACACUUUGCUCUUGACCAUGGGAUUCGUUCUGAAGUGCUUGAUAUUUCCAAAUUCUCCACCCUUCCAUUUCCGGUUCCUGACUUUCACCAAGUUAACUACAAUGCUUUGAAUGAUCAGUUUCUGAAACUGAUUGGCUUAGUUUGAUCAAUAUAGAUGUGUUCCGAUGUAUAUGAAAGAUUUUGUAAAAUAUUAUAGAAAGUUAUCAGUAUAGUUGUUCCGUUAAAAA